GAGCACAGCCCAGCCUCCAGCUUCCCAGUGUGAGUCAGCGCGGUACCUGGAUCUGAGGGCAGGCAGCGGGAGAACAACAGCAGCGCAGGCAAUGGAAUGAAAUGGGAGCUUCUGAACCCGGCACCAGCGGCUGGCGGAACCGAGAGCAGAGCUAAGCGCAGAUUCUGAAUUGGACUCGCUCGGAUUAUCCUGACCGGACCCAGCUCUGCGGAUGGCCGCUGUUAGUCCCUGCCAUGGUCGAUGUAGGUGAAAUGAGGAAGACUUUCCUCGUCCCGGAGAUCAAACCCCUGGACCAGUACGAUUUCUUCAGAGCCAAGAUUGCGGGAAGUCUGUCCUGGCUUCUGGUCAAAUCCUACGGAUCAGAGAAUGUUCCGGAUGAGCUGAGGGAGCCUUUUUACACAGACCAAUAUGACCAGGAGCACAUCAAACCGCCAGUCAUCCGUCUGCUGCUUUCCUCGGACAUCUACUGCCGGGUCUGCGGCCAGAUCAUACCGCACGAUGAGGCCAGCCCACCUCAGGACAACAUGGCUGUCCUCCAGGCUCUGUCACGGAAAGGACUCCAGGUGAAGGACCAGGAGGCGGUGGUGACUGAGGCUGACCUCCGCAAGAAACCCAUCAAAAUGGGUGCCCACUUGGCUGUUAUUGAUGGCCUGAUGACUGCGUACAUGAUGGAAACACUGCGUGGCAGGAAAGUGGCACUGGACACAGAGGGAAUGGGGAGCCACAGUCCAUCAAAAGAAGUCUUAUCCAGCACGGAGUACAGUCUGCUGCUCUGGGUUGAUAAGAUAAACCAGAAGUUAAAAGAUGUCUCUGAACGGCUGCACCAGCUCAGACUACAGCCUGGCAUAGACAAUCCGACAAGCCAAGGGAUUCGCUACAGGAAGGACAAGGUGCUGACUAAGCAGACCCCCUGCUUCCCCACAGUAACGCAGCUCAAGGACCUCGCCAAUGGAUGUGCUCUGGCAGCCCUGAUCCAUCACUACUGUCCAGACGUUCUACGGUUGCAAGACGUUUGCCUGAAGGAGACCAUGUCUGUCGCUGACAGUCUGUACAACUUGCAACUGAUUGUGGAAUUCACCCAGGAGUAUCUCGGCAACUGUUGUCACCUGGGCCUGGAGGAUAUGCUGUACACUCCGCCAGUGUUAAAGAUUAACAUCUUGACGUUUGUAGCUGAGCUGUUCUGGUGGUUUGAAGUCCUGAAGCCAGAGUUUGUUCGACCAAGAGAGAUUCCGGAUCUGGACGAUGCUUCCAGAAGCGGAUCUGACACCCCCUCGGGGGCCGAAAACACCAGUCGAUUACCAGCAUUCCUCCUGAAGCAGCCCUUCCUGCCUGUGAUCCAACAAACGUCCCCUUCGCAAAGCAGCUCAGGUCCCCUGAAUCACUCUACCUCAAUGUCGCAAGUCGAUUUCUUUGGAAAGGCGUGGACGAAGAAACAACUGAAGAGGCCAUUGUCCCAAGCAGUGUCCUUCAGCAUUCCCUUUGGAUUGGACAGCGAUGUGGACAUCGUCAUGGGGAAUCCGGUCGGAUUGAUGAGGUCAGUGAGCUCCGACAGCCUGAGCUCCAACACCUACCGGUCUCACAGCUGCCUACCGCGGGCUGCAGACAACCAGGAGCCGGGGAGCGAGAACGGGCCUGUCGCGUCUCCCAGGGCAGCCAGGAAGGCCUCGCCUUUGGCGAACAAGAUGGCCGAGAGCGAACGUCAACCACCGGUUGAAAACGGGGUGGUCGGCGACCACAACAACUGCGCAGAGCUGCCGACCAUCGAAGAAGCGCUGAAGAUAAUCCACAACACGGACAAGCUGGAGCCCAGGCUCCGUCCCGAGGGCGCACCGGAUGGCUUCUUCCUUCACCGGCCCGAUCUGUCCGAAGAUUUCCUAAAGCCCGAGGGCGGCCAAUCCAAACUUGACCUCCAUCCUCCCUACCCACCGGCCGACACCCCCCAGGAGAGCGGGCUCCUCGCCCCCACUGAGGACCGAGCGAGUGGCAGAGUCGCUCCGUCUGAAGAUAGCAACUUCUCCCGGGACGACGACUCCGUCCUCCGGGACAACAGCUUGGAGUCGGACGGCGAGGACUCUUCCAGGCCGGCCCAGGAGGAGAAGGACUACGCCAGCAAGGACGAGUGCACGUCCUGCCUCAGCUCCCUCAGCUCGCAGGCCGAGAGUGUGGCGUCAUCCGGCUCGGGCGUGAAGAUGACCAACUUCGCCGAGCGCAAGAUGAAGAAGAUGAGCAGCGCGCCGGACUCCAAGUCGAGCAGCUCGCAGAAGACGACGCCGGACAGCUCCGAGCUCAACGACCAGCAGAUGGCGUCGUGGGCUCAGAGGCCCGACGACAGCCCCAGCCAAAACCAGGCCCUGGCCUCCGAGAUGACCCAGCUGGGGAUCCGGUUGGAGGAGAAACGGCGAGCGAUCGAGGCGCAGAAGAAGCGGAUUGAGGCCAUCUUCGCCAAGCACCGGCAGAGGCUGGGCAAGAGCGCGUUCCUGCAGCUGAAGAGGAAGGAGGAAGGCGGGGAGCGGGAGAACGGAGCGGGAGACGAGGACAGGAGGAAGCUCUCCCUGGAGGAGAGGUUGUCGAGAAUCGAGGACGAGGAGGAAAACGAAAGCCCGACACAGCCUGAGUUCAAGGACCGGGGUGGCCAGGCAUUGGAUAAAGACCAUGAGGCAGGCCCCGGUGGGAACCUUGGGGAGAAAGAUGCCAAACCGAGACGGCCGGAGUCCCCGAGGGAGCCCGAGGUGGACGCGGACAUGGGCGAGUACAACAACGCCGUGGCUAAGCUUAACUCGGCACUGUCCUCACUGCAGCUCGACAUGCAGCGCCUGGCCCAGCAACAGGAGAGCCUGAUGGAGAGGAAGAACGUGCAGGCCUGGGUGAUCCCGGUUCCCAAAGCCUCCUCUCAGAGGCCGCCCCGCUCGGCCGAGUUCUCCUCUCCCUCGCCCUCGCGCAAGCCGGUUUCCUCCGGGACACGCUCCCCCCAGUCCGGCCCCAAGAAGGCGUCCGGAGCGGCGGCCGCAGCUCCCCCCAAGAGCCCCAGGCACUCCCGGCCUGCCGAGCUGAAGAUCACGCCGCUGACCCGCGUGCUCACGCCCCCGCAGAGCGUGGACUCCUUGCCCCACCUGCGCAAGUUCUCGCCCAGCCAGGUCACCGUCCAGACCAAGUCUUCCAUCUGCUUCGGCGAGGACAGCGAGGAGGAGCAGCAGGACCUCGGCGUGAGGCCCAAGCCACGGCCGCUGGGGCCCGUGGCGAGCUGCGGCCUAGCAGAAGGGCCCCUGGAACCUGACAGGCCGACCCCUGACCUGGAGAGCGAGGGUAACCUCAGGCCUGUGGGGCCUGUCGUCGCCCGGAAAGCCGAGGAGCAGCCCGACAGCGGCAAGAAGGACAGUUCAUCCACCGUCAAAAGGACUAGUUUGAUUGAGAUACCGCUCUCCUCUUUGAGAGGCCCCGAGGAAGGUGAGGACGGGCCAGAGAACGUCAGCGAAUCCGUGAGUGAUCCCCCAGGCGAUGCCGAGCAGAGGUCUGUUGGUUUCUUCUUCAAGGACGAGGCAAAGGCGGAGGAAGAAAUGGCCCUGAAGCGAGCAGCGUUGAUGGAGAAGCAGCAGAAACGGACGGAAGAGUUCAGGAAGCGGCGGAUGUGGUUGGACGCGGAAAAGGAGCAGAAGAAAGAGGAUACCAGGCAACAAGUAGAGGAAGAGAAAGUGGAGAAGAGUUUUAUCAAGCAGGAGUAUCUUCGGCGGCAACAGCUCAAAAUAAUGGACGAUCUGGACAAGGUCCUGAGAGCGAAGGCCACGCCCAGCAAAGGGAGGAAGCCCCGGCCCAAGUCCUCGGUGUUCCGUGACGAUUCCGUGCUGACUCGCAGCCCGGUGAAGGGUCUGCUAGGCUCCAGGCUAAACAAAGUGUACUCUCGAUCUACCCUCUCCCUGUCCACCAUGGUCAACGACUCGGCCAAUAGUCUCUCGGUCAAGAAAAGUCCAAGGGCGGACUCCCCCUCGGCGCUCCAGUCUCCCAGUCGGCUGGUGGGGAAUCAGAACGGCGAGAAAGACUGGGAGAACGCAUCGACUGCAUCAUCGCCGGCGUCCAUACCAGAGUACACGGGUCCCAAGCUGUACAAGGAGCCCAGUGCCAAGUCAAAUAAAUUCAUCAUCCAAAAUGCGAUCACUCGCUGCUGCCUGGCGGGAAGGGUGAACGAGCCCCAGAAGAACAAGAUAUUGGAGGAAGUGGAGAAGAGCAAGUCGAAUCAUUUCCUGAUCCUGUUCCGUGACCAAAGCUGCCAGUUCCGGGCGGUGUACGCCUUCUCGCCAGAGUCCGAGGACAUGCAUCGCGUGGCCGGCGUCGGGCCCAAACUGAUCACCAAGAACAUGAUCGAGGGGAUCUACAAGUACAACUCUGACCGCAAGCAGUUCACCCAGAUCCCCAGUAAGACACUCUCUGCCAGCGUCGACGCUGUCACUAUCCAGGGCCACUUGUGGCAGACCAAGAGGCCGGGGACCCCCAAGAAACCAGGACCGUCCAAAUGAUGGGCUCCCUCUCCCACCGCCAUCGCCCCAUCCCUCCUGCUACCCACCCCGCCCCCCACCCCAAACCCUGCUCAGACGGACGACCUCCAGGCCCUGGUUUGCCAAUUGUUUUUGUCCCCCCUCAACGUCGACUUGUCUGUGUAUCUCCCUGUUUUUUUUUAAUUUCUAAUAUUUGCCACGGGUGAGUCAACCAUGCUGGGGCCUUUUUUUUUGCCAUCUCUGCAUGUUACCCGUCGCUCGCCUGGCCCAUCGCAAACAAAGGCGCAGCGCCGGUUUCGGUUGGGAGUGUGUACCCGUCCUGAGAAGGAGUUACGAGCCCGGCUCCCUGUCACCCAGUGGAAUCCACGCCAAUGGGUCCAUCGAGCGACGCCGUCGAGAGGUUGCGGUGACGCUGUUGUGUCUGAAGUCCGAAACUCCGAUGAGGCAAGGACUUGCGGAUGGGUCAAAACGUGUUUUUUUUUAAAAAAAAAGCAAAGAUAAAUAAAUUAGAUGUACAAAUUUUUGAGGUAAAAUUCCAAAAGGUUACUACUGAUGAUCGAAAUGUUGUGUCUGUAUAUAAUGGAGCUAUUUAAUUGAUUUAGCAGUUUGUAUAGAUGAAAUAUUUAAGGUACUCUUGUCACUUCUGAGACCGUGAAUGGGAGGUGGUAACGUCGUUUGCAAGUUACUGUAAAGAACUUGCUGCAGUAUUUGAAUGCAAUUUGAGUUGAGGUUGUAUUAACUACUCAAAUAAUCACCAAAACUUGCCUGCUUUUGUGAAACAAAUGAGGAAAGUAUCUUGAAUCAAUCGCUUAAUAAACUCUGCAUUCCCACAGCGUUCAGUUCUGGCAUGGGGUGGAAAGGUCCAGUCCAGCUGUGCUGCCCUCCCCACACUAACUGCUUGAAUUUGCCCAGGAUCGAUCUGGUCUUAGUUUUGCUUCUGUUGAGUCCGAAUCAGAUUAGACCUUCCACCAUCUGGGUUUGGUCCUGGCUCCAAAGCUCACUCUAUGAAACCACUCCAAGUGCAAACUGUUCUCUCAAUCCCAAGGCUGCGUUUGGUGAGUUUUCACCCCUGGUGCUUUGGGGACAUGUUCUGAGCUGGGGUCUCGAUGGUGAUCCUUUCUGAUGUACACUGCACCUUCUCGCUUCCCAUUGGAACCUCUGAGCUGGCCAGGAAUUUACUUUGGACUUCUCCCCAGUGAAUCUAGUCCAGUUUUGGUUUGUAACGUGCAGGCUGAAGAUCCCAUGACAAUGUUUCUGCCUGUCUUUAUUAUUAUUCGGCACAUGGUAUGUGUAGAGGAGCUCAAAUCUAUGUAGGCCGAACGCCAACAGCAGCAAGGAGCCCUGAUCCGGUACAUCUUCAGUUUCUUAACCAUCAGUUCAGCACUGCAUUCACUUGGAGCCAGUUGUUGGAAGUGGCUGAAUUCCAUGUUUUUUGUUUAAUAUCUGUUACUUUUUUCUGCUGUUCCCCACUCCAGAUUGAUUUCUGGUUUUCCCUGGAAGUAGCCUCAGCCAAUUAGACUUUGGCAACAAAGACUGAACUGCGCUCUCAAUGUUUCGCAUGCAGGGACUUGCCUGGAUGGGAUUUCUGUGCUUUGUUGGUGUCUCUCAUUCUCCCUCCCUCCACCAUCUGUCUGUCUGUCUCUCUCUCCCUUUUCCCAUAGUUGGAUGCUGUGCCAUCGUGUAGCAUUCCACAGAAGCCCUGCCAAAAGUUGUCGUCAGUUCCGCUGCAAGGGAAUGGCCAGAGCUCUAAUGGCUUUUACAAAUUUGAGAAGUUAAGAGACUCCUCUUCUGCGUCCUCUGUGGCGAAAGGGUCAAGUGUUUGCUCUGUGGGCUAAGGAUCAGUUACCUACUGCUCGGAUCCACCUUGUCAAGUGGGUUUGUAAAGCCCUCUCCUCAGGGAACAAGCAUUAAGUGGUCUGGCAUCUGUUAGGUCUGGGGGCGGUGGGGUGAGACUGAAUUCUAUUUGGUGAAUGUGAGGUUGGAGAUCGCAGUUUGCACACGUGUGCGUAUACACACGCACGCGCGCACUCUCUCACGCACUCGCACUCUCUCUCACGCACUCGCACUCUCUCUCACGCACUCGCACUCUCUCUCACGCACUCGCACUCUCUCUCACGCACUCGCACUCUCACACUCACAAUGAAGAAUCUUGGAAGUAAUUAUGCACGUUUCUUGAUUUUAGCAUUUCUGUUUGGCACUAGAUUGUUGAAGAGGUGAACUGAGUUGCUUGGGAAUCAUAAUAUGAAUACAGAAACCAGACCAAAAACUGGGUCUCAGUUCUGGGCUGUUAUGUUGGAUUUUUGACAAUAUUUUGGUUCUGCUUGCCAUAUUGGAUCAGAUAGAAGGAGUUUGUUUUCCUUUUAUUUUAAGGCUCCCACUAUACACGACUCCUGCACUCAGGGAGCUGGUAAAUGGCUCACGGCCUGGUCAGGCUAUUGGAGUUACUCGGAGCACCACCAGUGAAGAGGGGUCCUCCACUUGAAUGAGGACGUCGGUGCCUUUCUCCCUCAGGCCGGGCCGUAUGUUUAAGGAGGUUAUGUCACCGCUUCACCAUUCUGGCCGGUCAGAUUAAUAGGUGCAGAUUGUUGGUCACCAGGAGGUAUUGGAGAUGACCUUAACCACCUCCGCCCACAAAGACAAUGUGAAGCAACUUUGAACACUAGCAAACAAAGGUCCUGUGCCAUCGGCAGCACCAGACCGUUGGGUGUGUGCCCAUUUUCCCCAGUUAGCCUUUGUAUUUCCCACUGCCGUUACCAUCUUUGGAGUCAGGUAUUCAUCAGAUGCAAUUAUAAGCAUGCCCCUACCUCCCUGCGAGAGAGGACAGUGAGAAUACGUAUUGAUUUUCUGUGUAACGACAGAAGGGCGUUCACUAAUAUGUACAUAUUGUACUCCCCCUGCUGGAACUGGCUCAUUUCUCUCCUCCUGCCCCACCCAGUGUUGGAUUUAAUGGAACCUAUCAUGGUUUUGUAGUUGAGAAAGUGGAUUUCAUUUUGCAGUCACCCUGUGGGAUGAGGUUUCCUGGGUUUUGCUGGAAAACUUUCACUCAAUGCUAGAAUAUCUACCAACUGUUGUAGAAAUAUGCGCAGUGGGAAGACACCACCCUGCCCUGCCCAAAAUGGGACCCAUCAACCAUUGCAGUGAUGUUGCUAAACCCCUUUGGGGCUUUUGAUGAGCAGUAAGUUGACCGUAAAUAAGCCUGAACUAAAAUUCUUUUUAUUUUUAACCCAAUAUGUAACACUGUACAGGGUACCAUGCUCGAGAUGUGACCUUUUGGGUUUAAAAUGGACUCUGAUGAAUGUCUGCAGAUGUGGGUCUUGGACUCUGUAAUAUUAGGAGGCGUACCAUGAGAAAAGUUAUCUUGGAAAUUUAAUAAAAACGAUUUACCAAUUUACAAGAA